AAAUGAAUGAUACAAGACGCAAUAAUGUACAUCCAACACAAGCAAAACAGAACAUCAAUCACCCUAACCAACCAUGUCCAAGCUCGUCAUCUUCGGGGCAACAGGCCAACAAGGCGGCUCGAUCCUCGAGACAAUCCACCACGACCCCACCCUCUCGAAACAAUACUCCAUCCGUGCAAUCACACGCGAUCUAACCACCAAGGCAGCAAAAGAGAUCUCCAGCCAAGGCAUAGAGACCGUCCAAGCCGACAUGGAUGACCCAGCCUCUCUCCCUAGAGCCCUCGCACAAGCGCACACAGUGAUCCUAAUUACCAACACCAUCUACGACGAGCAGCUCAAAAGCCGUGAAUACAGACAGACCAAAAACGUUGGUGAUGCAGCCGUUGCGGCAGGCGCUACGCACAUCAUUUUCAGCAGCGCCGUGCACGCAUCGAAACUCUGGAAUGGUCGCACCAUGGACAUCUUCGACUCCAAGGCCGAUGCCGAGGCGUACCUGCGUACGCUACCGAUUAAGGUAUCCUCGUUUGCGCCGGGCAUGUUCAUGCAGAAUAUGACUACUAUGAUGGCGCCGCGGUUGGGUCCGGAUGGCACGUACAGCGUUGCUGGUGUGCUGGACCCGGACACGAAGGUCCCGCUUAUUGAUGCGGCGAAUGACUCGGGGACGUAUAUUACUGCGCUGUUGAGAGAUGAAGAGGGUGGGGGGGAGACUACGCUUUAUGCUGCGACAAAGCUGUAUAGCUUUUCUGAGAUCGUGGAGAUUAUUUCGGCGGCGUCGGGGAAGGUGGUUCGGUAUGUGCGGGUUCCGGAUGAUGUGUAUGCUGGUUUUAUGAAGCGUGAUCAGGGGGGUAGAGUUGUAUCUAUGAUGAGGUUUUUUGAAGAAGUCGGAUAUUUCGGGCCUGGAACUGGGGAGUUGGUUGAGAGGACAAGGAGCAUCGUCAAGGGGCGGUUGACUACGUUCGAGGAGUUUGCGGAGAGGUACAUAAAGGAUUUAGACGCAUACGCUUGAGUAUUCAGUGUACUUCGUGCUCACGAUUUGGAAGCUAACUUUAGUUAAUGUGUCGGUUAUAAUGGGGCUCUUAGUCCGUUCGACCUGAUUAUUAUGAACAAAAGAUAUCAAUUAAAGAGAAA